GUUCUGGCUUCCCCGUAUCUAGCCGUGAGAUUUCUGAAAUAGUUCACCGAGAUCGGGAGCUCCACGGUCGGCAUCUAGGGGCAGAACGGGAAUCAAGAAGUCAACGUGCUUUCUCCUAACGACUCUUGUCAAUCACUCCCGACGAAGCUCAGGGCUAAACAAUCAAACCCAAAAAAGCCUCGGUCGCAAAUGGAAAUUUCUCCAGCCCCAUUUUCUACCGGAAGAUACUAAGCAAAAUGCACUCGAGUCUGAAUCGGAGAAAAUCAACAGCUCUCAUUUUCAAGCUGACCCCAUGCCGCCUUUCGUAGUGGUAGCCAGGGGAACCAGACCUCAGCAACUCAAACGUCGAAUACCCAGGGACCCACUAGGACAUCCACUUCUAGCAGGUGGAUCCUUGGAGCCACAAGCAAAAUUGUUGCUCCGAACAUACCGCACGGGAGUGUCACUGCCAUAACAAUCCAAGUCCACGUUGGAACGUUGAGCAUUUAUCACCUGACCUACAAUCACAUGAUCUCAUUUUCACUUCACGUGAUCCAGCCUGAAAUGAGGUUAGCGCCCAACAUGCAAACCGUGCAAACCUUGCAAAAAGUCUUUCAGGUGAUCCCUUUCUUCCUCUCCUUUCCCCUUUCAUCAUCAUCCAUCCUUCUUCUCUCUUUUCUCGACCUUCAUCCAUCAUCAUUUUCAUCAUCUCUCAACUCACCAACAUCCACGGAUUACUCGUACUCUGUUGUACCACACAGUACUUCGUACACUUCGCCAGGCUGCACUCGCUCCGAGUCCCUGGAAGCACACUUCUUUUUUCCCCCUUUCGCUUUAGGCUGUAUCUCAGCUGUAGGCGGCAGUUCUCUGGUCCGACAGUGAAUACGCUCGUGCUGUAGUGUGAAGAAAGAAACCAAACCUCGAGGGCAAGAAACCAAACAAAGAAAUCCCGAACUCUGGACUGCUUAUAAGAUAACGGGUAUUGAGAGAAGGCGAUUCCAUUCGCGCUGAGAUUUAAUCUCCUUAGGAGCUUUUUCAAAAUUUCUCUUGUUUUCAAACUUCUCUCUCUGACACCACCUCCUGCUCUUCGAAGUAGCCAACCAGUACCGGGGCCUCUUGACCGUUGCCCGUUUUCUCUCAGCCCGGUCGCUUUCCAGUAAGGCAAGUGCGUCGCUGCAUUUAGAGCCUUCCUUGAGGAAAAUCAGACCGAACCGUCACGGGAUAUAACCAUAUUUCAACUCUUUUCAACAUUCUCACCACCCGCCACCCGCCACAAUCCUCACCACCAUGUCCACGGCCGUAACGGAGUUGGAGAGCUAUCUCCAAUCCAUGCUGGCUCUGAAGCCUCCUGGUGUGUCGGGCAGCAAGAUUCAGGGCAUCACCGCACUGUGCACUGCCAACGUCCAGAAUGAAUCCGUCUUGAUCCAAAAGAUCUACACGCAUUUCAAGAAGACACCGGGCACCCACAAGCUGGGAGUCCUGUAUGUCGUAGACUCUGUAACCCGGCAAUGGGUAGAAGCUGCACGCAAGGCCGGUCAACUUCCUGGCUCCAAUCCUUCGGAUGGAACGUUUGCAGCGGGAGUCAAUCGAGUGACCGAAUUGCUCCCCGUCCUGAUGACCGACAUCAUAAACAAUGCCCCCAAUGAUCAAAAGGAGAAAAUCAAGAAGCUCAUCGACAUUUGGGAGCGUGGUGGCACCUUUCCCACCGCCAUGCUCGCCUCGUUCCGCGACAAGCUGAACGCCCCUCCACAGAAUGUGGAAUCCACCACUCCCGAAGGCUCUCCCGCCCCAGGAUUCAACCCCCUCGGAGGCCCACUUUCUCAGCCUCAGCCUCCCGCCAAUGGGACUGCCGCUGCCCCGGAUACUUCCAGUAUCCUAAAGGCUCUGGCUAAUAUGGCUAAGCAGAGCUCUGCUGCUCCUGCUGCCCCGGCCCCUGCAGCUCCUGCGAAUCCUCUGGCUGCGCUCGCUGGUGCGAUCCCCCCACCUAUUUCAUCCGCCGACUCUUCCUCGGUUCCUUCGGCUGCGAAUCCUUAUGCUGCGGCUGCAAUGGGUGCCAACCCUUAUGCUGCUCUGGCGGGUAUGAUGCCGAACCCAGCAAUGCCUGCUCAACCCCACAGCCAGAACCAUACUCCCAACCCCCUGACCGCAGGCCCGAACCCGCUGGCCGCCAUGAUGGCCCAGCCUAACGCCGCUCCAGCCGUGCCCGAUGGCAAUGCGCUGUCGCAACAGCUUCAGCUGCUGCAGUUCCUGUCGACCCAGGGCAUCCCUCAAGACCAAUGGGCGACCGCACUCCAGCUCCUCAACAUGUCUAACCCGAUGGGCGGAGCUAACCCGGCUGCUUCCCUCCCCGGAUUCCCCAUGAUGCCCGGGCAAGCCCCCGCGGCCCCUGGUGGUUGGGGUCAGCACGAUACCCAGAACCGUGACGACCGUGAUCGCGAUCGUGACCGUGACUAUCCUCGCUCGCCAGGAGGCUAUCGCCGCCGCUCUCGCUCUCCUGGUUGGGACCGUCGCCGUACCGCAUCCCCACCCCGCCGUCGCGACAGCCCCGUCUAUGGCGAAUACAAUGGUGAUUCCCCCGGCCGCCGCGGUGAUCCUCGUGAUGCCCGUGGAGGCCGUCGGGGUGGUCCCGCCGAGUAUCGCCAGCGCAGCCCCCCCGGCGGUCGUCGCCGCCGCUCUCCUUCUCCCCAGCGCAAGGAUCCCAACCUCCCACCUCCCGGUCCCAAGCUCAUCGAAUGGGACUACUCUAUCGGCCAGGGCAACAUCAAGGUUCUCAGCCGCACGCUCUUUGUCGGUGGUGUGACCUCUUCCGAGGCCAACCUGCGCGCCCUCUUUGGCCGAUUCGGUGUGGUCCAAACCUGUAUUGUCAACGUCGACAAGCGCCACGCCUUUAUCAAGAUGAUCAGCCGUCCCGAUGCGGUCGCUGCUCGCGAUGGGAUGGAGUCCUAUCGCCAAGCCGAGAUGCAACUGCGCACCCGCUGGGGUGUCGGCUUUGGUCCGCGUGACUGCAGCGACUACCAAACCGGUAUCAGUGUGAUCCCUAUUGAACGGCUGACCGAGGCUGAUCGCAAGUGGAUGUUGACUGCCGAGUAUGGUGGUACCGGUGGACGCGCCAUCGAGUCGGGCAUGGUGGUUGAGGAGCCGGAUAUCGAGAUUGGUGCGGGCGUUUCCUCCAAGGCCAUCAGCCGACGUAUCGCAACCGACACUGGCGGCAAGCGUGGACCGAUCUCCACCCGCGGCGGCCCGGAGCAGGCACCUCCUCCCCAGCAGCGCUUCGGCGGUGGUGGUCGUGGCCGGUUCGACCGGGAUGGCUUCGGUGGUCCUUCCCAGGGAGGACAGGGCCAGGACCAGCACGAUAUGUCGGGAGCCCCGAACCCGGGCGUUCCUCCCGCAGUCCCUGCCUAUGGCUUCAACUUCCCCGGUAUGCCCGCGAUGCCCUUCCUCCCACCGGGUUACAUGAUGGGCAAUUCGCAGGCACCCUCAACUCAGCCUCCACCUCCCGGACAUGGUAACUAGAUGACCGAGAACAACGAAUUCCCAGCACAGCGACCACUUUCAUCCGGUUCCAUUUUUUUUUUUUUAUUUUUCUUUCAAAAUGUGUUCAUUUUUCAUUCUAUCAUCAUUUCUUCAUUCCACACUCUUGCAUCUGGCAGCUCUCGAAUAUAGCGGCGUUUCGGGGGACACGGAUGAAGCUGGGAGAAAAAAAACAAAGGGAGAGCAAGCCAGUCGGCGUUUUAGGGGAGGUUGGAUUGGGUUUUUUGGGGGGUCUAGGGUGGGCUUUUUUUUUCAAACAAAAAAAUCUUCCCCGUAUCCAUUGUCCUUUGACCCUUUACGGAGGUGUCUUGGGGGCUUUUCAGCUUUACAGAUUCAGUUUCACUUGUUUCAAAGGUAGCGGUGAUUGCCCAGUACCUAGAUAGGACAAUUUCAAAGAACCUACAGUUUAAUAUUGUAUUCAAUCUCUACUUAGUACAUUAUUCGGAUCAUUUUGU